AUGCUCAUUGCUCGCCGCGAUGCUGAAUAUCAGAUCAAGCGCGUGGACGAGGCCAUCAUCCGCAUUGGUAAGAAGCAGGAGAGCAUCAGGGAACAGCUCGAAGCAGCCCAGGCCACAGCGAAGCAGGUGACGGCGCAGCUCGAGGACCUGACCGACCAGCUAGAUGGAAUAAAGCGCACCAAGGUCGAGAUCUUGGAGAUGCAGGAGGUAGAGCAGGAGUGCGAGGAGGACGUGGCCACGCAGCAGGCGAUGCACGACCGGUACAUGGCGAGGGGCCCGAUGUCUGGGCUACCAGUCUGGAGGGCCCAACAGCCCCUCGACGCCAAGAUGGGCCAAAAGCUGAAAGCGAGUCUGGAGCCGACGCAGCAGACGCUCCACAUGGCCGCGUUGAUGCAGAGCAUGGCCGCGGCGACUGGCACGCCCUUGCCCGGCCGGGCCAUUCCUGCCAUGGCGG